AGACACCCUACGGUACUUCCUCUCCCUGCAUCAGUUGAGUUUCCCCGCGACUCCUCGUCAGCUUCGUGCGUAAUUCUCCACGAGUCGAGUUGCGCCUUUUUUUCUCUCUUCUUCUUCGCCCAGCCCCAACCGGGGUUUUGCGCCGGUCGUUGCGCACGGUACCACCAGGAGCGACCGGCAACAUCACCGACCAGCACUACUGUGAUUUUUUUUCUUCUUUUUUUUUAUCAAAUGGGGGGAGCGGACUGCACCAGUGGGAGCCAAACGCCGACAGCACUUUGAACGGGCCAGCCGUCAUGUACUAAGUGACAGACGGGCGUUUGUAGAGCGACAACAGACAGAAGACAGCGACGAACAUGAGCGGCGGAGAGAUCCUCUUCCAGGGCUGGCUGAGAAAGUCACCACCCGAGAAAAAACUGAGGAGAUAUGCAUGGAAGAAGCGCUGGUUCAUACUCCGCAGCGGCCGCAUGAGUGGCGACCCUGAUGUUCUGGAGUACUACAAGAACGACCACUCCAAGAAACCCAUUCGGGUCAUUGACCUGCACUGCUGCGAGCAGGUGGACGCUGGCCUGACCUUUAAGAGGAAAGAGUUCCAGGACAGCUUCGUGUUUGACAUCAAGACCUCAGAUCGCACUUUUUAUCUCGUAGCUGAGACUGAGGAGGAGAUGAACAAGUGGGUCCGCUCCAUUUGCCAGCUGUGUGGGUUCAACCAGUCAGACGACAACCAUGAUGGCAGGUUACACCAUAUGCCCCGCUCUGUCGGAGCAGAUGUCACCGGCUCGAUGGCUCCUCUGACCGGAGAACGCAAGUCCUCUGCCCCCAUCCACUCCAGCCAGCCAGUCCUCUUCACCUUUGACGAGCCUGUGCGCCACACACACCACAGCUCCCUGUCCAACAGUGCGCCCCAGGACUACCUCCUCCUCCACCAGUGCAUGAGCAGGAAGACGGAGAGCACACGGAGUGCCAGUUUCUCCCAGGCCACACGAAGCAAUCUGUUUGUGGGGAGUGACUCUGCAGUGCAGAAACUCUCACAUGGCUUUUCACACUGUCUGAAUGGCAUGGGUGCUCAGCUGCACGGCUUCUACAGCCUGCCAAAGCCAGGGAAACACCAGUUACCGGGGCAUGAUGACUCCCCACAGGAGGCCUGUUACGUGCUUCCUCGGGGUUACAGCUCUGAGGCACCGACUCUCAGCGGUCUCGGUGAUGCUGAGCUGGAGAACGAGGAGGUUUACACCUUUAAAACGCCGUGCAAUGCCCUCGCCACCAUGCACAGCAACGAGCGUCCAACUGACAAUUAUGACCUUCCCACAACACCUGGCUCCUUCUACCAGAUCCCCCGGACGUUUGAUAAGAAUCACAAUGCCUUGACACCCUCCAGCUCUGAGUCCUCCUGUGCGCCUCCUCCCAGGCCCCCUAAACCUAGCCAGUCGGAGGGGCAGUGGGGGAGUCCUCACUCUGUAGGAAGCCAGAACGGAGAGGUGACGUCUGCAGUGUCAGUUAUCCCACGCAGGAAUACUCUCCCUGCUGUCGAGAACAUCAGGCUGCACAGAGGCUCCUCCUUUGAAACUAACAGCCAUCACCGUCCCAUCCAUUUCAACAACUCAGGCCAGUCCGUGGAGUCUGUCAACGAUGGCUUCAGCUCUUACCUGAGAACCAAAGCCCCUCUGACUCGCUCAGACAGCGGAAACUCGGAUGACAACUAUGUGCCCAUGAAUCCUGGCUCGUCGCCACUCAGCGCUGCCCAGGCUGACAGUCCUAAGAAUAUCUACAUCCCUAUGAGCCCUGGGCCCCAUCACUUUGAUUUCCCAGGAUUCUCUGCAACAUUACCUGCCCGUAAGGGGAGCAGUGCCUCCCUGUGUCACCGGCCCAGCCGUCUCAGUGAUGUCACGCCACCACCCAUCAACCGCAACCUCAAACCUAACAGGAAAUCGAAGCCAACACCUCUUGAUUUGAAGAACAAUGGGAUCAUUGAUGAGUUGCCAUUUAAGAGCCCAGUCACCAUGUCCUGGACACGGCCCAUGCCCGCUAUGAACUCCAUGUCCUCCCAGCACUGUCGACCCAUUUCUACACAAAGCAUCACCAGCACCGACUCGGCAGACAGCGAGGAGAAUUAUGUGGCUAUGCAGAACCCAGCGUCUACCUCCCCAGCCGUGAGUGGCACCAGCAGCCCGGCCCCCAGGAAGUGUGGCAACGUGGACUACCUAGCACUGGACUUCCAGCCUGGGUCACCCAGCCCACACAGAAAACCCUCAACAUCCUCUGUGACCUCCGAUGAGAAGGUGGACUAUGUGCAAGUCGACAAAGAGAAGACCCAGGCUCUGCAGAGCACCAUGCAGGAGUGGACCGAUGUGCGGCAGUCUACUGAACCUGCCAAGGGGGUCAAGUCCUGACACUGACCUGGAAGAAAAGAAAAAAAAAAGAAGAAAAUUCCAAUCUUAAGCCAAGCAUCCCCAGUAUCAUGUCUCUAUCAUUACUAUGAAUACUGGCUGGGCUUGUUUAAGACUGAAAUAUUUGGACAAUAAGCCAUAACCUAUCUAAUGCCUGUUCUCUGUGAUGAUUUCUACUGCAGUGCACUGCUAACAUGCAGGAUAUCAGGCCAUGCAGGUGCAGCAUCCUGCCAAAGCUCUUCAUGCCGACUGUUAUAACAGUGUAUGGACAAUUGAUAAUGUGUAUGAAAAUAUCAUCCGUACUCAUUAAUCCAUCCUUUAGAAACUGCAAGCGUUUCAUCAAAGCUGUCUCACACACACACACACACGCCCCUCUGCAACAGUCAGACAUUUUUAUUAGCAUCUCGCAAGCAAUUUACCAGAUUGCUGCUGUUUUAAAAGAGUAGCAGAGGCUAACUGGUCGAUAACCAUAUUAAUAUACUGUCAGAGUAUGCUUACUGAUCUCAGGAAUGCCAAGAUGCACUCCAAUUUUGGCAUGCAGGCAGACCCUCUCUUUUCACUUCAAUCUAUCAUUUGUGCUGAGUCUUGCAGAAGCAGUGAAGAGAUUAUUUUCACUGCGGGCAAUCAUUUCAGCUUAGCAGUGCAUGUCUGGUGAGAGGAGGAGGAGGAGGACGAGGAGGGAAAAAUACAGCCAUACAAAUGUGUAAAGGCCUGUGUCAGAAGCCCUGAUGAUAACUGUACACGGAUGUUGCCUUAGUUUCAGUUAAAAAAAAAAAAAAAAGAGCCCAAACUACGUUUUUAAAAGCUGUCGUGAUGGUUGGCAGGUCAAUUAUUUCAAUACAGGUACAAAAAUCGUCCAAAUGUACAGAAUGAAGAAAACGGAGACAGACGUGAAGACGAAGUGUCUUGUAUCUACGAAAGUUUGACUUCAGUGGUCAUUUCACUUCAGGUUAUAUCCUAAUACAUUUCAUCGCAAAUGUGCACUGACCAAAAAUAUGAUUUAGUCGGAGGGAGUAAAAAUAAAAGCAGAAGGCGUUCUUUCCAAGGAGUUCAGAUAUCCUCCCUCUUUCUUUCUCUCCAUCUCUCCAGAGACCAUAAAUACAAGCUAAGCAGAAGGAGAAUGGCAUAUUUAUGUUUUCUCGAAUUCAACCAUUCACUGAUGUAUGUCUUCGGUCUUUGAUAUUCCACACACUACAGCUACAGCUCCGUCUCUGAAGAGUAAUUGUUUUCUGUAUGUAAAUUAUUAAUAGAAUGACAUAUUUGCAGUGCAUCUUGUUGACUGUUAGAAAAUUGGAUGCACUUGUCUGAGACAAAAAAAACAAAACAAAAAAAAGUGCACAACAGAAAUGUAACAUUGUGCUUUUCUCGUAAAAGGCAACCUGCCACCAUGAAGGUCUGCCAGUGAUCACAGUCACUUAAAAAAAAUAGUUGAGGAAAGAAUGUUUUCUUAAUUUUCCUAAACUCUUCUAUUUUGUUAAUUUGCCUUAUAUUUUUCAUUUGACUGUAAAUUUUGCCUUGGAGAAAUUUCAUUAUUCACAAUAUUAUUCAAGCAAGAGCCAUAUUAUAUGUAGGACAACUGAAUGAUCAGUUUCGAGUUCAACUUAAGUCCAGUAUUUAACUGUGGGCUGGAACCACUGAGGGGUGAACCCCUAUUAGACCGUAAUAUGAAUAGUCUGGCUGUGCAGUGCUGGAUGGUAUUACUGAUUAUUUCAUUAAGAUUUACUUCUUAGUGUUUUUCUACCAUUUUUACUGCUUUUUGUAUUCUUUUUAUCAUUAUUUUCUACUGAUAAGUGUAAGCAAGUGAUAUUCACAUGGAUGGGGCCAGGCUAAAUUAAGCUAAGUUUGUGACAGUGUGUAUGUUAUUCCUUUUUUUUUUUUUUUUUUUUUUAAACUUUCCAAAUUUUAUGAUCCGUACAUGAAAUGGGGAGCCUGGCAGUUUUGAGUUGCACUGGCAAAGCCCUUUCCCGGGCGAACUGUGAUCCACGACGAGCGAGAGAGAGGAAAAGAAAAGACUGAAGUAAAAGCCCGUCUCCCUGUCAGUCUCUGAAGUGAAAUGGAUGUGUAAUUUAUUAUCUAGAGAGACCCGUUGUAAGCAGAAGAGCUUGUGUAUGUGUUGUGGUAGAUUGUGAGUUUUUAGUAUGUUAAAUGACAGCCUGACUGGGCGAGAUUUGAAAACACUGCUCAGAUCUACUGUCAGACUGUCACUGGGUUGACGUACUGUACUAGUAGAGAUCUUUUUUUUUUUAACCACUGUUAUUGCUACUACUGUAAAGCAUUUGCCGAUUGCUUGUGUGUUAAUUUAUUAAUUUAUUGUGCAUUUUGCAGUUGAUAAAUGUAAAAAAAAAAAAACAAAGGAAGAAAAAAACAAACAAAACAACAACAACCAAACAAGAAAACCUUCUCUUUACUAACAUUGAUGUAUGCAAACUGUCUUGAUUUUGUGAAGCAAUAUGACAAACGAUGCCAGUCUGAUGGUAAUGUGGUACAGUUCAUUUGGGAUACGUAAGAAUACAAGACUUUGUUAUUCCUGUAUUAUGGUAGACUUAAACUGUGGACAUAGAAUAAAUCAAGAAGUGAAAGU